GUUUUCAUCCAUCAAAAUUCAACAUAAAUUUCAGUAGAAUUAAUAUAAUAAAAAUUGCACGCGUAGAAACCCAAAAAAAAAAUAAAAGAGAAGAGAAGAUAUGUCAGAACUGGCGGCUUCGUCGCGGCACUGCUGCUUUCGACCUGUGACCCAUUGCAUCUUCGAGUUGGACGGCCUGCUGCUCGACAGCGAGCGCCUGUACACGCGGGCGGUGCAGAAGAUUCUCGAUCCGUUUGGCCACAUCUACAGCUUUGACCUGAAGCUGCGCUGCAUGGGCAAAUCCACAUCGGAGUCCGCGGACUUGAUCAUCGACAGCUACCAACUGCCCAUCAGCCGCACGCAGUUCCAGCGGCUCCACAAGCAGCACAGUCGGGAACACUUGGGUUCGGUGGGCUUGAUGCCGGGCGUGGAGCGGCUCCUGCGCCACCUGCAGACCUCCGGUGUGCCCAUGGCCAUAGAGACGAGCGGCAAUCGAGAGUUGUACGAGCUCAAGGUGCGUCCCCAUGCGCAGCUCUUUGAGGUGUUCCAGCACGCGGUCGUCGGCAGCUCCGACUCGGAGGUGAAGCAGGGCAAGCCCGCGCCGGACAUAUUCCUCUUGGCCGCCUCGCGUUUCAAGGAUCCCCCCAAGCCCGAGAACUGCUUGGCCUUUGAGUCUUCGCUGCUAGGCAUGCAGGCUGCCUUGAACGCUGGCAUGCAGGUGGUGCUCGUGCCAGAUCCGCUGCUCUCCAUCCAACUGAGUGCUCCGGCUGCACUGAGACUGCGAUCGCUGGAGGCAUUCAGGCCGCAAUACUUUGGACUGCCACCGCUCUAAGGAGGAGCAUGAUGCUUCGUUCAGAGCUCUCAAACAACCCAAAGAUCGAAGGGAUCGCAGGGCAGCGUAUUAAAUUUGUUGUGCAUUAAAUGUUCUCACAC